AUGUCCCUCACCCGGUGUUUUCUUCACCACCCCUCCCAAUUUCCUCCUCUUCCGUCCCAAUCCAAACGUCCCUUUGCCAUUCCCCGCCCCUCUCUCGCCUUCAUCCGCCUCCCAACCAUUCCUGGUUCAUCCUUCCCCCAAACCCGCGCUACCCUCCUCCCCUUUGUUCUCCAACCACCUCCAGGCGCACUUCCACCCUUCACCAUCCCUCUCAACCCCUUUCCACCCUUUCCACCCUUUCCACCCUUCCGCACCCCUCCCCAUCCCUCCCCACCCGUCCUGAAGGUGGGCUUUUACGUGCGCAAGGCGGGGUACCUGAAGAAAAUGGCAAAUAUCUGCCUGGAGAAACACGGAGGAGAAAUUCCGGGCAGCCUGAAAGAUUUGCUUGCGCUGCCCGGCGUCGGGCCUAAGAUGGCCUACUUGGUGAUGAACGUGGCGUGGGAGCGCGUGGAGGGUAUCUGUGUGGACACCCAUGUGCACCGUAUAGCACGGCGCCUGGGAUGGACGGACGCCAAGGGCAUCUGUGUGGACACCCAUGUGCACAGGAUAGCAGGGCGCCUGGGAUGGACGGAUGCCAAGGCCAUGCAAUGCAUCCCUCCCAUCCCAUCACCCAUCCGCCCAUCACCCAUCCGCCCAGCCGCCCAUCUCGCUCAUUUGCCCAUGUCCCCCUUCUGCCCCCAUGCCUCCCCCCUCCAUCAACUACCCCAGGCCAAAACACCAGAGGACACGCGUCACAUUCUAGAGGAGCUUUUACCCAAGGACGAGUGGAUGGGCAUCAACCCGCUCCUAGUGGGCUUCGGCCAAACCACCUGCCUGCCCAUCGGCCCCCGCUGCUCCUCCUGCCUCCUCGCGUCCCUCUCGCUCUGCCCCUCUGCCUCCCUCCCCCGCCUCCCAGCCCCCCGUCCUCGUCCUCCUCCUUCCCUCCCUCUCCUUCCAAGCACAACCGCACCGGACACGUCGACACCCGUUGAUGCCCCCAACUCUGCACCUGCUGCUGAUCCACCGUGCCUUGACACGUCCACACCAGAAACUUCCGCACAGCAUGCCCCCAGCAGCACUGCACCCACUGCUGAUCCACCAUGUCUUGAUCUGCCUGAAAGCUCGCUUGUCCUUGCCGUUUCUGCCCCACCCGCGGUCCCCCCCUCUGAUUCGUGGGACCGUUUCAAGCAUGGUAAGCAUGGCGAGUGUGGUGAUGCCCCGAGCACAGAGGGUGGAGGGGGUGGAAAGAAAGAAGAGGACGGAGAAGCAGAGCCAGCAGGGGCGGAAGCAGGCCCCAGGCGCAGCCUCCGCUUUUCCAGAGGCCGGAAAGCUGUGUUGUGA